CGUCAGGCCCCGCGCGCGCGCGGUUGCGGCCUUGGGGCGUGCUGCGCGGGCGCCGCGGCGGCUCCAGAAGUUUCUUGGGGGCGGCGGGUGGUAUGGCGGCGGCGGCGGCUGCAGCGCGGUUCUCGGACGCGGACAUCGACCGAGACCCGACGGCGGCGGCGCGGGAACUGACAAGAGCUUUGGAAAAGAGUCCGGAUGAUGCCGAAUAUUAUUGUCAACGGGCUUACGCUCAUAUUCUUCUACAGAAUUACACUGAUGCAGUUGCAGAUGCAAAGAAGUCCCUAGAACUCAACCCCAGUAAUGCUGUAGCACUUCUUAGGAAAGGGUUAGGAGAAUACCAUAUCAAAAACUAUGCAUCUGCUUUAGAGUCUUUCAAAGAGGGACAGAAGUUGGACAAUGUAGAUGAUACCUUUACUAUUUGGAUUAAAAGAUGUGAGGAAACGCUAAACGGAUCCCAGGCAGAAGUGAAUACACAGCAGCAACCUCUGUCAGCCAAGAUCAAGUAUGACUGGUACCAAACAGAAUCUCAAGUAAUUGUGACGAUAAUGAUCAAGAAUGCCCAGAAGGACGGUGUCAGAGUACAGUUCUCAGAGAAAGAGAUGAAUGCAUCGGUGAGGCUUCCAUCAGGUGAAGACUACAACUUAAAGCUUGUUCUUCUUCAUUCUAUAGUGCCAGAGCAAAGUACAUUUAAAGUGCUUUCAACAAAGGUUGAAAUAAAAAUGAAGAAACCAGAAGCUGUAAGAUGGGAGAAACUGGAGGGACAGGGAGAUUCUCCUAAGUUAAAGCAAUUUAUGCCAGACACCCAGCACUUAUAUCCAUCAUCCUCUCACUAUACAAGGAACUGGGACAAACUGGUAGUUGAAAUCAAAGAAGAAGAAAAGAAUGAAAAGCUAGAAGGAGAUGCUGCUUUAAAUAAACUUUUCCAGCAGAUUUAUUCAGAUGGUACAGAUGAAGUGAAACGUGCCAUGAACAAAUCGUUUAUGGAGUCUGGAGGCACAGUUCUGAGCACCAACUGGUCAGAUGUUGGUAAAAGGAAGGUAGAAGUAAAUCCUCCUGAUGAUAUGGAAUGGAAGAAAUACUAAUCCUAUUUUUAAUCUUUUACCAUCUGUGUUGCCAUAGUCAUGUACUGGCCACUAUAUAUGAACAUAGCAUUCUUGGAUUCAAAGCACUGCAAUGUUCCCUUGGAAACAGGAAUUGUCUUUACAUUUUGCGUGCUUUAUAAAUUCCUUCAUCUGCAGAUGUUAAAGAUGUAUUCAAGAGUGGAAUCCUGUUUUCAUCACUUCUGUCAAGUUUUUGGAAAUUGAGUCAAAUGCAAUCUAAAUUUUCUACCACCUUUAUCAGCUCCGCUCUUUGUGGGUAGGAUGAUCUCUAAUGGGCUGUUAAGGAUCAUUGCCUUACGCCUGAUAUUUCUGUUCAAUAACUUAUUAGAUCUUGGCAACUUUGGGUAAAAAUACUUUACAACAACAAUGUUAAAAUUGUUUGCUCUUUAACUCUGCUAAAUAAAACUGUAAAUACAACUUUA